AUGGAAGCAGCAGCCCUGGAAUGUCCCAACUCUUCCUCCGAAAAACGCUAUUUCCCCGAGUCCCUGGACUCCAGUGACGGGGAUGAGGAGGGAAUUCUGGCCUGUGAGGACUUGGAGCUUAACCCUUUCGAUGGCUUGCCGUAUUCAUCACGUUACUAUAAACUUCUGAAAGAAAGAGAAGACCUUCCAAUAUGGAAGGAAAAAUACUCCUUCAUGGAGAAGCUGCUUCAGAGUCAAAUUGUGAUCGUUUCGGGAGACGCGAAGUGUGGCAAGAGCUCUCAGGUUCCGCAGUGGUGUGCCGAGUACUGCCUUUCCGUCCACUACCAGCACGGGGGCGUGGUGUGCACCCAGGUCCACAAGCCCACGGCGGUCCAGCUCGCCCUCCGCGUGGCCGACGAGAUGGAUGUUAACAUCGGUCAUGAAGUCGGCUACGUGAUUCCUUUCGAGAACUGCUGCACCAGCGAAACCAUCCUGAGGUAUUGUACUGAUGAUAUGUUGCAAAGAGAAAUGAUGUCCAAUCCUUUUUUGGGUAGCUAUGGGGUCAUCAUCUUAGAUGAUAUUCACGAAAGAAGCAUCGCAACUGACGUGUUACUUGGACUUCUUAAAGAUGUGUUACUAGCAAGACCAGAACUGAAGCUCAUAAUUAACUCCUCACCUCACCUGAUCAACAAACUCAGUUCUUACUAUGGAAACGUGCCUCUCAUCCAAGUGAAAAACAAGCAUCCUGUGGAGGUUGUGUACCUUAGUGGGGCUCAGAAGGAGUCUUUUGAGUCUAUUUUACGCCUUAUCUUUGAAGUUCACCACUCGGGUGAGAAGGGUGACAUCGUAGUCUUUCUGGCCUGUGAACAGGAUAUUGAAAAAGCCUAUGAAAUUGUCUGUCAAGAAGGAUCUAACUUAAACCCAGAUCUUGGAGAGCUGGUAGUUGUUCCUUUGUAUCCAAAAGAGAAGUGUGCACUGUUCAAGCCAAACGACGAAACAGAGAAAAGAUGCCCAGUUUAUCAGAGACGAGUGGUGUUAACGGCUAGCUCCGGAGAAUCUUUGAUCUGUAGCAACACAGUCAAGUUUGUUAUUGAUGUGGGUGUGGAGAGAAGAAAGGUGUACAACCCCAGGAUCAGAGCAGACUCGCUGGUCACGCAGCCCAUCAGCCAGAGCCAGGCCGAGACCCGCAAGCAGAUCCUCGGAACCUCUCCCUCAGGAAAACUCUUCUGUCUGUACUCCGAAGAAUAUGCCUCCAGAGACAUGCGGCCACUGAAGCCAGCAGAGAUGCAGGAAGCCAACCUCACAAGCACAGUGCUCUUCAUGAAGAGAGUGGACAUCGCAGGCCUGGGCCACUGCGACUUCAUGAACAGACCCGCACCAGAGAGUCUGAUGCAGGCUUUGGAAGACUUAGAUUACCUGGCAGCAUUGGACAAUGAUGGAAAUCUUUCUGAAUUUGGAAUCAUCAUGUCAGAGUUCCCUCUUGAUCCACAACUCUCCAAGUCCAUCUUAGCAUCCUGUGAAUUUGACUGUGUCGAUGAAAUGCUAACCAUCGCUGCCAUGGUAACAGCUCCUAAUUGCUUUUCGCACCUGCCCCACGGAGCGGAGGAGGCUGCCCUAUCUUGCUGGAAGACGUUCUUACAUCCUGACGGAGAUCACUUCACCCUCAUCAACAUCUACAAGGCCUACCAGGACACAACUCUGAACGCCGCCAGCGAGCACUGUGUUGAAAAGUGGUGUCACGAUUACUUCCUCAACUGCUCAGCACUCAGGACGGCAGAGGUUAUCCGAGCUGAACUUUUAGAAAUCAUCAAGCGGAUCGAGCUUCCCUACACAGAACCUGCCUUUGGCUCAGAGGAGAACACUCUGAACAUAAAGAAAGCUCUUCUGUCUGGUUAUUUUAUGCAGAUCGCCCGGGACGUGGACGGGUCGGGCAACUACCUGAUGCUGACGCACAAGCAAGUCGCACAGCUGCAUCCGCUGUCCUGUUAUUCUGUCUCCAGGAAGAUGCCCGAGUGGGUCCUCUUCCACAAAUUCAGCAUCGCUCACAGCAACUACAUCAGGAUCGCCUCCGAGAUCGCUCCUGAACUGUUUAUGCAACUGGCACCACAAUAUUAUUUCAGUAAUCUGCCUCCUAGUGAAAGCAAGGAUAUUCUACAGCAAGUCAUGGAUCACCUAUCCCCUAUUUCAACAACGAAAAAGGAGCAGAAAAUGUGUGACAAGUGCCCUGAAGCUACUGAACAGAGAUGCACUGUGCAGUGA